GUUCACAGGACAAAUACAAAUUCUGUCAUUGGGACAAACGAAUAAUAACAGAUAGGAAGGAGGACAAACAAGCGAGGGCAAGGACUCAGAUAAUGUAGUGUGGCGUUUAGGACCUCAUCAGUGGCUGUGCUACAGGUGUAGAUGGGGGAUAUGACAUUGUAGAUUAGGAGACAGCAGUUGGCAAUGAAUUAUUGGGUCAACCUACAGGGACAUGGGGUGUCGCAUCCUGCAAAGGGAUUUUACAGGCAUGCUGGGAACAUGAGCGAAGACAGAACACAAGCUUUAGGUGGGUAAUAGCCAGGCGAAGGAGAUGGGACUGUAAUGAAGGGAGUUCAGUCUGAGGGUAGCUAUUCCUGUAAAUCCACAAUGGCUACUCCGGCCUUCAGUAGUUGAUCUAGAAGUGCUGGAGAGACUACAGAAAGAUAGGGAGGGUGUUGAUCCAUCUGAUUUGUUUAAGAGAUGUCUGGAUACUGUGUAUCAGGAUUAUAUGGCCGUUUACACAGAUGGUUCAGGGCGUACUGGGUCAGCCUUUGCGGUGCAGGAAUGUGGGGUGGCAGUCAAGAAACAUAUUACAGAUUAACUGGCUGUAUAUAAGGCAGAGUUGAUAGCCAUACUGUUGGCCUUGCAGUGGGUGGAGGAAGUCAAGCCAGACAUAGUAGUUAUUUGCUCUGAUUCAUGUGCAGUGUUGAUGAGUCUCCAGUCCUUUAGGUCACGUAGCAGACAAGGCCAUGUAUAAUGAGGGUCUACAAACCCAUGGCAAGAUUAGACAGAUGGGUAUACAGAUAAGAUUUACUUGGGUCCCAGCCCAUGUGGGGGUGGAGGGGAACGAGGCAGUUGAUGUACUGGCUAAGCAAGCACUUGGUAGUGGGGAUGUUGUAGUUUCAAUGAGCAAGUCAGAGGCAACACGCCUGAUAUGGACAGUGAUGGUGCAGAUAUGGCAGGAACAGUGGACUAGAGAUACGAAAGGCAGGCAUUUAUUUCAAGUACAGAGGCAAGUCGGGGAGGUGGUCAGGAUGGGGGAAGGGCCUGUUGUUACCCCCUCAGCUGGGAUCACUCCAGUGCAGCAGAUGCUGGCCUCUGGCACUGGGGCGCUGCUCACAUCACUGUUCGUCACACCACUGGACGUGGUGAAGAUAAGGCUGCAGGCCCAGCAAACACCAUUCUAUCAAGCUUUAGCUGCUGACUCUGCUUCAUGGAGUGGUGUAAUCCGCCCCUCCAAAUGGAAGUGCUUCCUGUAUUGUAAUGGCCUGAUGGAUCACAUCUAUGUGUGUCAGUAUGGGGCCAGCUGCACCAGCUGGUACAAAACACCAACCCACUUCAGUGGCACCCUGGAUGCUUUUGUGAAGAUCACGCGCAACGAGGGGGUCAGGUCUCUGUGGAGCGGGCUGCCUCCCACACUGGUGAUGGCGGUGCCUGCCACGGUCAUCUACUUCACCUGCUAUGACCAGCUCAGAGACUUACUGCGCUACGGCAUGGGGUUCCAAGGCAACUACAUCCCCCUGGUGGCUGGGGGUCUCGCUAGACUGGGAGCAGUGAGUGUGAUCAGCCCAUUAGAGCUGGUGCGUACCAAGAUGCAGUCCCGGAAGCUGACCUACAGCGAGCUGAGGGUGUGUAUCCGCUCUAGUGUUGCCCAGGAUGGCUGGCUGUCCCUGUGGAGGGGUUGGGGAUCCACCGUCCUACGAGACGUCCCCUUCUCAGCCCUGUACUGGUUCAACUAUGAGCUGGUGAAGGCCCAGCUGUGUGAUCAGUACAAUGUGUCUCAGGCCACCUUCUCCAUCAGCUUCACAGCAGGGGCCAUCUCUGGAGCUGUGGCUGCCAUCGUGACCCUACCUUUUGACGUGGUGAAGACACGAAGACAGAUCCAACUGGGAGAGAUGGAGACACUGGGAGUCCUUGUGAAGAAUCCCACAUCCACAUGGCAUAUCAUGAGGGGAAUUUGGGCUGAAUCGGGAUACAGGGGUCUCUUUGCAGGUUUCCUACCCAGGGUGAUCAAAGUUGCCCCAGCCUGUGCUGUCAUGAUCAGCACCUAUGAGUUUGGGAAGAUCUUCUUCCAGAAGAUGAACCUUGACCGGGAGCAACAGGCCUGCUGAGGGGCUGUGUGUGUGGAGAAGCAGGGUUGGCUACCUUCUUCUGUGGCAGAAUGGGAAGAGACUGUUCGCAGCUGCCAAUGCACGCUCACAUGCACGCUGUGCAAGACUGCUCCUGGUUAAGACUUUGCACCUAGAAACCUGAGCUUCAAAUCACCCCGGAGGAGUCUCUGUCUCUCAAUUCAGACAAAGGCAAAGACAUGAGGAAUGGGCUUUUUUUGUCUGUUUUCUAGCCCUUUCUAUUGGCCCACAGGGAGGCUACUCCUACAACUGUGAACACUGUCAUACGUGUAUCCAUGAAUGUGUCCAUUAGUUAAAUUCAGAACUGUGGGGGAAUGGCCCUGUGACCUCAGGCUUAUUCAGGCUUUAGCAUGCUUUCCUUGCACACAAAGUGUUCAUCUUUGCUAGUACAGCCCCCUGCUGUUCAUACCUGGGAGAACACUUCUAACAACAACCCUAAAAAAAAACUGCAUGCAAAGUAAUCCAUUCAAUCAAGACCUUCCCUUCAACUACUAGCCCAGACCAAAUGCAUGGCUGAGCUGGGAUCAGUGGAUUUUCUUCAUGUAGCAUUCUCUCAUAUUGAUUUGUCAUCUGACCAAUGGUAGCCUACUAUUCGAUGUCCAUUUUUGUGAUGGGAAUAAAUACAAUACUUAUGUAGGUGGGUUACCAUUGCUCAUUCCCCUAGGAUGAGAACUAGGUUUUAUGAGUUAAUUUGGUACAUGUUAUUCAAUUAAAUACUUCAGACAAAACAGCUGACAAAUUGACUAUGCUGUCUACAAGGGGUUGACAUACUUAAAAAAAAAAAUUGCAUGAUUGAAUGUAUGCAGGUUUUCUGUUGAUCCAUUUCAGAACUGGGCUGAGUCAAUAUAGUUUUUUUGAAGAACUUUCGUUAGAUUAUUUUUUUAGCAUUUCAGAAAGAUCUGGAGUUCUACUAACUAGGCUACUGGAUUGAACUGAGUUGUUGCCUUGAUCUUCAAUUUGUGUGUUUAUUAUUUCUUGUGUACCUUACAUGGAUGUAUAGACUGUUUUAUAUGCGGUGACUGGUUUUACUGUUGUUUUUAUUCAAUCAGAGGGAUAUAGAUAAUAUAACAGAACGCCUAAUUGGAUUCAAAGACCUUUUUUAUUUCACCUUUAUUUAACCAGGAGGCUAGUUGAGAACAAGUUGAGAUGGACAGUUUAAAAUUAAAAAGGUGUUGCACCAAUCACAAGA